AUGUCCGUAGACAAAACCUCCGGCACGCAACACAAUGGCCUGGAAAAAACCCCCGCCCAAACCAUCACACCACCCGCCGCCGAUGACGCUGCUCCGGCAGACGACGAAUCACAGUACCCGCACGGCCUCAAACUCUGGCUGGUCCUCCUCUCCCUCUGCCUAUGCAUCUUCCUGAUCGCGCUGGACCAGACCAUCAUCGCGCCCGCUUUGGGCGCCAUCACGGUCGAGUUCGACUCGAUCCGCGACAUUGGCUGGUACGGCGCCUCCUAUCUAUUGACCUCAACCGCCAUGUACCCCAUCUACGGCGCCAUCUACCGCCUGUUUGACAUCAAGCUCACCUACUUGGGGGCUGUGGCAUUGUUUGAGCUGGGCAGUCUUGUCACGGCCCUCGCGCCUACGAGUACGGCGUUUAUUGUGGGCAGGGCGGUUGCUGGGUUGGGGACCGCGGGCAUCUUUUCGGGGUCGUUUGUCAUUGUGGGGUAUAUAUUGCCCCUCAGGAGGCGGCCGGCGACGUUUGGACUGUUUGGAGCGUUGUGGGGGAUCUCGUCGGUUGUUGGGCCGUUGCUGGGAGGUGUGUUUGCGGACCAGGUUACCUGGCGAUGGUGUUUCUACAUUAACCUGCCGCUUGGUGGUGCUGCGGCGGCGGCGGUCAUCUUUUUCCUGCACAUGUCGUCGUCGGCGGACAAUGCGAAGCGCGAGUCAUUCAUCAGGCGCAUCUUGAAGCUGGAUUUGAUCGGCGCUGUUAUCAUCGUCCCGGGUAUCAUUCUCUUGCUGAUUGCCCUCCAAUGGGGAGGAGUCGAGUAUCCGUGGAGUGAUGGCCGGGUGAUAGCCUUGAUCGUGGUGGCUGGUGUCUGCGCCAUUGCCUUCACGGGGGUCGAGAUCUGGCAGCAGGAUAAGGGGCUUCUGCCACCGCGCUUCUUCAAGAAUCGCGACGUUUUCUGCUCCAUGAUGUUUGCCAUGUUCUUUGGCGCCUCCUUCUUCCCCAUGGUCUACUAUUUGUCGCUGUACUACCAGGCCGUGCAGGGCGACAGCCCCAUUCAGGCCGGCAUCAAGAUCCUGCCCUUCCUGAUAGCCAUGGUCAUCAGCUCAGUCGGCAGCGGCGCCCUGGUUACGGCUAUCGGGUACUACAACCACAUCAUCCUCGUUGAGACGGCGCUUCUCACGGCGGGCGCCGCCCUGAUCGCGACCUUCUGGUUGGACACCCCCCUAAGCAAGUGGUUCCCAUCGCAGGUUGUCUAUGGCUUGGGGACUGGCAUCUGCUUCCAGGCGCCCAUCGUGGCGGUGCAGAACGUGCUGCCGCCGCAUUUGAUUCCGCAGGCAACGUCGUGCACCCAGUUUUUUCAGGCCCUGGGGGGUUCCGUGUUCCUGGCCGUCGGCCAGACCGUUUUCCAGAACGGGCUCGUCAGCAACAUCCUCCGCGACGCACCGGGCAUUGAUCCCAGCCUCAUCAUCAACAGCGGUGCGUCACAGAUCCGCCAGCUCGUCGAGAAGAUUGGCCGUGCCGACGCUGUGGAUGCCGUUCUGGGUGCCUAUGUCUUGGGCCUGCGGAAUUCCUACUAUAUCAGUGUUGCCACGGCAGCGUGCGCGUUCCUGGUCACCUUUGGGCUUCAGUGGAAGAAGAUACAGCAGCCGGGCGAGAAGAAGGAGGUGCCUGUUGGUGGAAUUUGA